ACAUCUGCAAAAUAUUCUCAAUUAAAAAUUUUUUAUUCACUAUCUCGAAUAGAUAUAUACCUUUUGCACUUUGAUCUUUGUAUAACGCUCAUGUUAUAAGUAGCUCGUUUUUGUGCGUCGUCAUUCAGUUUAUAUCCGUACCGUGUACAGUAACAACAUUGAGAUAACAUUGUCUUCACUGAUAAAAAAUCAAUAUGAUGUUCAAGAAGAUGUUCAAUCCUAGAAUGUGCUUAAAUAUAAUACGACCAUUCUCAGCAGCUGCGGAAACAGUUAAAGGAUUUAAUUUAGAAUUGUCUGAUACUCAGAAAGAAAUUCAAGAACUAGGACGAAAAUUUACCAGAGAAGAGAUUAUACCAGUAGCUGCAGAGUAUGAUAAAAGUGGAAAAUAUCCAUGGGAUAUUAUUAAAAAAGCAUGGAAUGUUGGUCUUUUAAAUCUACAUAUUCCACAAGAUUAUGGUGGUAUAGAAAAUGGUGUUUUUGAUGGUUGCUUAUUAGUAGAAGAACUUGGUUACGGCUGCACAGGAAUAACAACUGCAAUAGCAACAACAAAUCUUGGACAAACUCCGGUUAUCAUUGCCGGAAACAAAGAACAACAAAAAAAAUAUCUUGGGAGAUUAAUAGAAGAGCCACAUGUUACGGCAUAUUGUGUUACUGAACCUGGUACAGGAUCUGAUGUAGCAGGUGUUAAAACUAAAGCUGAAAAGAAAGGGAAAGAAUGGAUACUCAAUGGAACCAAGAUGUGGAUUACGAAUGGUGGUGUUGCCAACUGGUAUUUUGUUCUGGCAAGAACAAAUCCUGAUCCAAAAGCACCAGCUAGUAAAGCUUUUACAGGUUUCAUUGUGGAACGUGAUUGGCCUGGUGUGACUCCUGGUCGUAAGGAAAUAAACAUGGGACAACGAGCAUCCGACACACGAAUGAUAACGUUUGAAGACGUCCGCGUUCCUGAGGAGAAUGUAUUGUUUGGUGAAGGACAAGGUUUCACUAUAGCUAUGAAAACUUUUGACAGAACACGGCCAAGUGUUGCUGCAGCGUCAAUUGGCUUAGCUCAGAGAGCUCUAGACGAAGCAAUGAAAUAUGCGAUGGAACGCAAAACUUUCGGCAAACCGAUAGCGGAACAUCAAGCUGUAGCUUUUAUGUUAGCUGAUAUGGCUAUUGGCGUCGAAACUGCCAGAAUGGCGACAAUGAAAGCAGCCUGGGCCACUGACAAAAAUCUACCGAAUGCCACUCCGCUUGCUAGUGUUGCAAAAUGUUACGCUGCUGAUGUAGCUAAUAAAUGUGCUACUGAUGCUGUACAGAUUUAUGGUGGUGCUGGUUUUAAUACUGAAUAUCCAGUGGAAAAACUAAUGCGCGAUGCUAAAAUUUUCCAAAUAUAUGAAGGUACUGCACAAAUACAAAGACUGAUCAUAUCGCGCUACAUUUUAGCUCAAAACAAACAAGCAAAUAAUUGAAGAAAAACGUGUAUAUUAAACUGAUUUAUACUCUAUACACUUAUGGUUUGUCACAAAUGGUUUUAUUACGUACAACAUAUGUAUCAAUAUAUAACAUGAUGCAAAGUGUUACAUGAUAA